GUGAAAGAAUGGAUGAGCACCAUAAGAAAGUCUGCACUUUUCCACAGGAGACACAGAUUGGCCAUGAGGAGGAAAACAAAGAAGCCAUUCCUGAGAAGACUGCUGUGAAGACCAAAUGGAGGCACAGUGCUGCACCCAGCCAGCAGGGAAAGAGAGGACAGGACGAAGGCAAGACAGAAGAUGUGCCUAUGGAAGAGGCAGACAGCGGGCUGGAAGAGUUAGCAACAGAUGACAUGGUUAUGGCAGAUUAUGUUGGCGCUCCACCUGGUGCCAGUACACUUGGUUCUCCUCUGGAUUCAAAAGUCAAUGUGAGUCCGUUUGGCAGUAGGCCUGAGAUAUUAGCGGGGACACAUUUGGCCACCAAGGACUUUGAAAUGGACCCCCCAGGUUUUUCUGAUGUCAGCAAGUCAGGAAAGAGCUGGCUGGAGUCUGAUGAGUCAGACCCUCUGCUAUGGUCAGAACAGGUCAAGUCUGGCAAGAAGUCAGUGGACACCAAGUCUGACGGGAUGCAAGGGCACGCAAACGGCAAAGGAGCUCUUGGAGAUGAUGCUAUGCUUCACAUUCUACUGCUCAGAGGGUUAGAAUCGGACCAGUCUGGGUUCAGGGACCCGAUCUUUGGAGACGGGUCACUUGGCGAGUCUGAUUUUGAUUCUGGAAUUGAAAAAGGUGGAGCUCGUCAUUUGGGUCAAUUUACUGGAGCGGCGAAGACAAAAAGGCAGGAAGAAGUACAAGAAUUUUCAAAAACCAUUACAAGACCACACAGGGUCAGUUCUGGUUCGGUUAGUUCAGAGGAAAUGCUUCAAGACAGCCCCAUUAAGACUUCUAUUAAGAUAAGACUGAGAGACUUGUUCUUGGAGGUGCUGACGUUUGGUGUUGGAGGAACAGAUGGAAACCCUCCCGUGCAGUCUAAUCUAAUUCAACAGACCACCAAAUAAUCUUAUCUUUAAUAAAGAUGAUCAAAUUCAGUUUUUGUUGACUGGUCCACUGCUGUAUACAUAGUAGACAAAAUAUUAGAAACACCUUUCACUAUGAUGCAUCUAGCAUAACAUCACCACAAACCAACAGUUUAACAUGUCUGAAUCGGACUGAACCAAACCAUGCUGAGCUGUUGUAUUGGUGAGCUGUUCCAAUAUGGAUGAGGGGCAGAGGGAGAGAAUACACACACGGAGCAUCAGCAGGAGCAAGUCAAUCUCAUCAGGCUUUUAUCACAACUUUUUCAAACAUUGCAAUCAUUUAUUUCAAAGGUUCUAGGUUUGUGGAACAUUUUUGGAAACCUCCAGGACCAUGAACAGUCGUGUGGAACAUUGGAAUUCCCAAACUGCUCCUAUGGAACAUGGAGGACUUGAAAUCAGGCCGGUCUUUCAGGCAAACUUAUGUCAGGACUGGAGCAGAGCGUGGUGUUCAGCUGGCUGUAUCCAUGUAGACAUGUUUGUGAAUAAUAAACUUCUCUGACCAAGCCCA